GUYGGGUUMAAAAAUGGACAAGUUAUUGACUAGAAAGAUUUGAUCAUACACUGCAGCGCUGUAGUGCUGUAGAUUGCUGUACAAUUGACUCUGAUAAAGAUUGUAAUAAUGAAUAAGAAAACGAAAAAGAAAAGACAUGAGAAUAAAAUGAAUGAGAACUAGAAUGGUCAUAAUUGUUCACCGCUGGAUCAUACUGCAGGCGCUUGUUCAUUGAUUCGCGCGACCAAAACAAGAACAACAGCCGAACUGAGAACGAAAGAGAAGGUACAAGUUACCAUUAAUCAAAAUCUGGCAUCGGAAGGCUUAUUUUAUAAUCGACCKACUAAAGUCAGCUUUCUGUGGUUUUCUUUGCGAUCAAAACGAGCGAAGUCACGACUGAACAAACUCGCUCUGUAGCGUCGCUUGUUUGACAUGGAGGUGUAAAAUGACGGCUUUCUUUGUGGUCUUUGAUCAAUGGACUGCCAUUUGAAAGAACCUGGAUCAGCUAUGUUUAUUGGAUAAGCUUUAUGACCUGACACACGGAUUUGUAGUGCAAUUCCGAACUGUCAAACGCAAUCUUGUUGAAUACCAAAACAGCAACUGGCUUUCGCUCAAAGCUUUACCCUUUUGACCUAAAGAAUUUACGCGAGCGACUACAAGAAUUCGAGCUUCUGGCGAAUUCUAGUUAUGGUUGACACAAAGUUCUUAAUAGUCACGACUCUGUGUUAUGUGGGGAUUUUUAUUGUUGUUUUAGCCGUUUGUUGCUGUGCAUGGGCACGAUACGUGAAGAACGAAGGCCGAAUACCAGCAAAUCGAAGAACUAAAAUGAGCCGUAGUAGAAGAGCAGCCCGCGAAACGAAUAUACCAACUGCACCACAUUGCCAUCCUCAGCCACCACCACCUAGACAAUACCGCUAUAUCGGCGACUUUUCAGAACUAAAUUACCAACAUCCAACGAAUUAUACACAUGUACAACACAACUGUAGGCCUCACGUUUCGAGACCUAUCUACCCAAGCGCGAAUCACUAUACGCUAGUCGAGGGUUAUCCACCGCGAAACUACUACCCUGCUAGCCUAGCUACACCAACAGACACUUACGAUAUUGAUUUACAAAUGGAUAUUAACAGUACAGGUUUUGCUGAUACAAGUCAUGGCGGAUUUUCGGGCGACGAGUUUAGUGACUUUCAAAGUUCUCGRUACGACAGUGGACAUGACGUGAGUGCUGUUAUCAGUGGCGACGCAGCGGUUUUGAGCUGUAGCGACGUUGGAAAUUCAUUCAAAAUCGCUAAUAAUAACUCAGUUGACACAGAUGGACUUACGGACGAAUUUCGGAAUUCUUCAGAAGCGUUAAAAACCGAUAAUUUCGAGUCGAAUUAUCCACGAGAAAUUGAUAUAGACGGCGCGGACAAACUAAGUUUUGAGAAUGUCAGCGAUUGCGUGGUGGAAAGUUUACUAGUUACAAGCUUAGAAGGAUGUAACGGCGUUGGGAUCACUCCAACAUGCUCUGCACAGAGUUUAACCGAGUUUAAUGACCAGCAACCUGAGCAAAUUCCUUUGAAUUCACAUUAAUAACAAGACAACAUUCUGAGUUGAUUGUUGUAUUUGAACUGUUUGACCUUCGUCGCAGUUUUCACUAAGCGCGAACAAUGUUCGGAUAAAACUUGCAAAGCCAUCUUCUAUACAGUUAUUGUUUAUCAAUAGUGGCGUGUUUUGAAGCCAGUUUUUGUGUGGAUAUAUUGUCGCUAAUCGCCUAUAAUUCCAAAAGCCUACAAAACAAUGAAUGAUCAAAGCUAUACCCAGCACACACGGUUAAUUGGAAUGUUUACAUUCGCUUGUGUGUUUAGAUAGUCGAAAGAAUUAUGUUACGAAUGAAUCACCUUAAAGCACACACAAAAAGCAAAUUUAUCCUAACACCGAAAASCUCAAACAUUUCCCUCAAUUUCCCUAGAUUAGAACAAAAGGAUCGAAGGCCUKYUAAGUGGUAGGGAUUAGAAAAUUGAGUCGUCGUCAUGCGGCUUUGAACGAGACACUUUCAUAAACGGCUCAAUGGAAGGUUCACUUUGGGUGGCCCUCGCAUAUGGACGGUCAUAAAUGAUCACUUUUUACUGCGCAUCAGGGAACCUUGAGGAACUUUGCUUGAUUUCAUUCGGGAAAGCUUUUGUCUAGCUAUUUCUAUGGGGUCUUUAUCCUUUGAAUGGAUGAUAGCAAUAAUUUACAUACUGAUGAAAUCUGAAUGCAGCCGAUGACAAAAGACUGAUGAAUAUUCAUAAGCAUUAAAGAGAGGUUGGAUUG